AUGGAAAAUGAAUAUUUCUGUAGUUGGAAAUCCGACGUCGAACCAGAAAAAUUGAAUGUGAGUUUAUAAUUUUCACUGUUUCUUGAAACCAAAUCAAAUUUUCAGGAAUUAAUCAGUAGUUCAGUUUGGGUGCUUCAAUUUUUGGUCAUUUUGCAAGUUCUAAAAUUGAGGAUGGAAGAUGAAAUCAACAAAGUAAUCCGAAGUCCAAGCGAGGAAUUUGCGAAAAAUUGUGAGUUUUUUUAGAUGAUUGGAAAAUGAAUCUAUUUUUCUAGUUUUCAGGUGUGAAUAAAUCAUGUAAUUUUGGCCUAUAAUAUUUUGGUUCAAAACCGCAUAAACUUCGCCGAAGCCACUAAAAUUGAAACGUCUGGCUGGUUCAAAUCUGGGAUGCAAAUCCGAUGCCGAACCAUAACAAUUGAAUGUGAGUUUAUUAUUUUCAUUUUUUUAUGUUGAAAAAUUUGAACCACUUUUUUUCAGGAAAUCCAUCUAGUAGUUCAAUUGGGAUGAUAUCAAUUUUGCUGGAACAAAAUGAAGUUAACUUGUUCUAAAACAUCAACAAAGAUGCUCGAGCAGGAAAUCAAGAAGGCGAUUUGGAAAUUCGAAAAAAUCAUCGCAUUUUUUUGAAGAGUUUCAGAAAAUCUUGUGAAUGUGAGUUCUUGUUUUUAUUUUUCUUCGUUUCAUCCAAGGUUCGAACAAUUCACCACAAAAAUCUAUUUUUCAGACUUCCUGUAA